AUUUGUAUAGCGUGUUGGCCAUGAAGACGCGUGAUAGAAGCGGACCACUGAGCUUGGUUUCCGCCUAAUGCUUUCUAAGCAGCCAAGGACAAGUGAGCAGGCAGCUGUUGGCUUUAAUCUCCGAAACCGUAGAUGCUAGAGAUGCUAACGGUUGCUAGCAUGCAAUAGAAGCCCGCGUUUACGGUUAAUAUCUCAGUAUAUUUAAUACUCACCGACGUGUUGACUCGUAAUUUGACUGUUCUCCGUGGAUUGGUUUAAAUGGAUUGGCUAAAUCGUUGGAUGUCGACCUCACUCGUGAUCGCUAUUUACUAUGGCAGCCGCGGCGCUUCUCCCUAUAAGGUGGCGGUGCUAGCGAGAAUAACAAACGGCAGCAGGCACUUGGAUUCAUCUUAAUGCGUUUCAAGGUUUCAUAUGCUUAAAGAGAACCUAACAGUUUCCUGCGGCGGGCUAGCUUGUUCACUUGUUGCGCUCUUAUUUUGGGCACUGGCUGUCUGUUAACCUGUUAUUUAUAGCCGUGGAUAAACACAAAUGCACUUUGCUGUUUGUCCGACGGCAGUUUAAGGAUAUGGUUGAUUUUCUUGGGUUCGAAUCGUCUGGGUUUGUUAGUAGAAUUGUGAAAUGGUUUAUUGCUGAAUCACCAUGACUUUACGAAAGUGCGGUCCCGUGGGUUUAAGUCCACCACCGCCACUUCCCACGCAUGACGGGAAAUGCAGUUUAUUGUCAGCACUCCUGCCGACCAUAAUAGCAGGUGUGUGAGAUCGAGAGACGUCAAACCCCGUGGCCCUGUCUGGGUUUACUUAACAUUGGGGAUCAAGAAACCACAAUCUGUUAGCAUACGGUCUCUUUAAGCUGAUUUGUAAUGAGAUUUUGAAAAUGAAUAAUAUCAUUGUUUUUAAUUUAUCGGUUGCCACACAUGGUCUAAUGUAUCGAGACAAUUGUCUAAUUCAUAAAUGUACAGCAGAAAACACUAAAAGUGUUUGUAUGACUUGUUGGUGUGAAAAUGUCUUGCUCAGUGUAUAAGUGAUCUGCUGCCUUAACAUACAGGUGAAACUAAUGACACUACGUGAACUCAAUGUGCCCCAUUGCUGGAACAAAUUUUGGUCCUGGUUCAUCUUAGGGUGGUUGCCCACGUCAGGCCUGAUAGCACAAGAGCGUCCCAAAAUCAAGCCAGGAAUCUAUUGUCAUGAGAAGAAUCGGGAGUGGAAGAUGUUUAAUCUUCUCACCAGAUUUAGAUGAGUUAAAGCACUAGCCCUUUCGUCUGGUGUUAAUUCCACUUGCAUUUUCAUUGGCGUAUAGAUGUGUGGAUUAAGUCACAUGAAUGGCCACAACUGUGAAGUCUAAAUUCUCUUAAAUGUCUUCCUUUGAGGGAAUUUUACCAGAAGAAUUCGUUUUUAAACAAGAAGAGAAUGUAGUUCUCAUUCUAAAAACAAAUGUGGUCUCGGUCAGUCUCGAAAUAGAAUUCAGAGUCUGCAGUCUGUUUGAGGAGACUAGACAGAGGGAAAAAUGUUUUUUCGUUGUGACCUAGACUUUGAAAAGAAAUGCCCUGGAUGUCAAAUGAUUGUAAAUGGGAAUGUUAAACUGUCACUGAAUGUCGCAUUUCUUCAAGCUACGAGACAGAGACCUGGAACUAGUUUAGUUUGUAUAUUUCUUUAUAUAUUUAGCUGAAGAGCUAAGUUCUUUUAAGAGCAGUUAAAUAAAAGGCAGGGUAGAGGUACAUUUUAGGACAAUAACUGUUUUGUUUGAAUUGAAGGUGAUUGAGUCAGAAGUUUAGAAGUCCGUUAGUUAACCUUAACAUUAACAUUCAGAUUCCCUGUUUCAGUUUCUCAUCAUGAGAAGUAGAUUAAUACAGAAGAGCUGAAGCACAUUUUCAGAAAAAAUAAGCUUCGUCAAUAAUGAAAGUGAAUGUUAGAUGUUGGUCCAACAAGACAGGGUGUAUGUCUUUUUGUCUGUAACUGAAAGUUGUUUUGUCUCGUGUCGAAUGAUUUCUCCUAAAAAACCUUGUGACCAGACAAAAAUGCUUCCAUUUUAGAUGAAAAGAAAAUGGGUUCUUUGUCUCAAUAACAUUGAAAGCAGCUCAAAGAAGAAGUCAUCUUUCUGUCUUUACAAUGGAAGCUUUGAGCCGUUGACAGAGUGUUGACAAGAGGAAGUGUCGAGGGAAUUGGUUAGGACACCUGCCUGUAGCAAUCAGGCAACUUCCUCCUCGCGGUUACACUCGACAGAGGGAGAAAGAGAAAAGGGCGUGACUCACUUCGCACUCAUGUCAAGCCACACACUUUUUCAAGCAAUGAGUGACUGUGCCUGUGUGUGUUGGAGGGAAGUGAAGCAAGGGAUCAUGACGGAGAGAAGCAGCAAAGCCCUCAAGGUGAAGCAGGAGUGUGGCGAGAAUGUGCCCUUCCUGUCUGACAGCGAGCUCAUGUCGCUCUCCGUGAGGGAGUUGAACCUGCACCUGCGCGGCAUGUCCCGCGACGAGGUCCAGAAGCUGAAGCAACGGCGGCGCACUUUGAAAAACCGGGGCUACGCGGCCAGCUGUCGGGUCAAGCGGGUGUCCCAGCGCGAGGCCCUGGAGCAGCAGAAGAUGGAGCUGCAGCGGGAGGUGGAGCGGCUCGGGGCGGAGAACGCCGGCAUGAGGAAGGAGCUGGAGGGUCUGGGCGCCCGCUUGGCAGCACUGCAGAGGUUCGCUCGCGGCCUGGAAUCGGGAGGGGGCAACCUCCUGGCCGCCACCCCCCGCCUCAACACAGCCUCCGUCAUCACCAUCGUCAAGAGUCCGCCACAAGCUCAGGCACAGAGAGACCACGAGCCGUCCUAGAAGUAGCUGCUGGGCUCAGACUGAGGGGAGGGACACAACCUGCAAUGCAAACACACAUUGACACGCAAGUCCCAAAACAAGCGUUUAGAGCCUCAUUCACGUCGUCUGUGUCCUUCUCACAUCCAGGUCUUAUUUAUUCUCAUGACAAACACACACACACAGUGGCGGGCGUGUCACGUCCCCUGUUCAAUGACAACUGGACUUAAAAAUAAAGCACUUACCGGCACCGCUCUCCUGAGAACAUUUCAACUGCAGUCGUGCUCAGAGGAUGCAGACUGAAUGAGAAUGAGGCGCUAAACUGACACACACAUGCACAAACCCACACAACCCCCGCCGGGUGACGACUUUGACGAACUCUUGACUGAAAUGAGAAUAACCCCGUCAUUAUAUUCUUUCAUCGCCCCAAAGCUGCUCUCCCACUCUCUCGAUCAUUACACCUGCUCCACAGCAACACUCCGGGGAGGAGCAGUGUGUCUGCGCGCCUCUGCGGCCUUUGCUCUCCCGGUGAUUUGUUACUUGCUGAUUCAUUGGUGAUUGUGAAAGUUAGAUUUCCUUGUUAGGUGAGGGGAAGUGGAGCUAGCGUCCUGUUUUCACUUGAGAAUUAUCUCUGCCUUCACCUUUUGUUCUGAAAACAAACCUUUAUUCUUGCCACUUGACUGGCUGAACAUGUGCUGAUGCUGAAAGACAAAAUGUCAGAAAAUCAUCAUCAAAAAUGAUGAAAAAAAUCAUUUUCUCUGUCGUAAUGUGCUGAGCGGCCAGAGACUCGUCUGAAUUUGAGUCAAGUGUCCUGGAGAGGCACACCUCAUGUACUGGUCAUUGUUGAUCUCUUCUGAUUAAAGGGAGUGCUGAUCUGAGAUAGAGCACGUUUUCCUCCUGUCACUCAAAAUCCUAACCAUCGGGCCCAGUUGAAACACCUGAACAGGUGGAAUAAUCGCCCAUGAACUUGACGGACUGACCAGACGUCCCGCUAAAUGCGCUGACCCUACCUACAUGUUUGCUGCUGUGCACAUCUGUCAUUGAUCCAGUGCCUUCAGUGUGAGUUCAAAAACCCGGGACGGACUCUGACCGACUGUUCAAACGCUUCUCUCUGUCUAUUUAUUUACCUAUGUUUCUUUUGUUUUUUUACUCACUCAGUCUGCUGUGACGUCCUUUCCCUUCUGCUCGACUCCUGACUGAUGUUUUGCUAAGAAAAACAUCACAUCUGGCAGGAAUUACACUCAAAUCUGCAAACAUUCCUGUUCUUAUUCGUGCCGCUUGAGAGACGACAAUGUUGAGUGACAUUUAUCAGAGAUAUAUAUUCUAUAUUUUAUUUGUAUUUAAAGGUAGAUAAUAUGCUAAAGACAAGCUAACGAGUGCUGUGAUGUUCUCUGUUUCUCAGAAGUAUUUACGUAGUCCGGGGGAAACUUAAUUCUUGUGUCUGUGUGGCGAUUCUUUUGUGAACUUAGCGACUAGAGGUCGAAGGCCAUAUUGCUGUGUGUGUGUUUCUGCCCGUCGUAGUGGAUUUUUGGAGGGAUUUUUUUUUUUUUUUUUUUACCAUUUUGAUUUUGUUUAUUUGUGUGAAAAGUGUUGGUGAAAUUGUAAAGAUGGUGAUGAGGAUGAGACGAGAGGGCCAGGAGAAGAAUGGAUCGAUGGAGGAAGGAAGUAGAGAAAGUGGUAAAGAAAGUGGGGAGAGUCAAGGUGUCAGAGCUACAUUCACUUGAAAACCAGGUUGUCAUGUGACCACCGGUCGCCUGAACAGCAGCAAUACGACGUAAAGGCAGUGUGACACCGCGUGUGUUGACCAAUAACCUCUGCAGAGAACAAGGCGUAUAUAUAUUGAUAAAUAUAUAUAUAGAUAUAUAUAUUUAGCUGUCAGUGUGGCGACGCAUUUAUUCUUUAUACUUUACUGUCUCACAUCUGUGCUGGAUGUUUUGUAAUACUUGCAAAACAAAAAUGGUCUUUGUAUUUAUUGUAUUUUUUCUAUUGUGAAAAUUUAAGUACAUUGUCUAUUUUAUAUAUUAAUUAUAAUAAAUGUUGUACAUAUUGUAC